CGCGUCUCAGCCGAUCAGGUGUACGCCGACUUCACCCGAGGUACGGCUAUCGACGAUUCUUCAAACUCGCGAGAAGAAAGUAGUUUAACAAGUGUUUAGGUAUAAAAUAAACAAAUUCUCUGGUGAUAUUUAUCCUCAGUGCCAUCAUUUUAUACUGUUGUCUUUAUUACGACCUUGGGAACGCUUCAGUGGAGGACACUUUAAUGAUCCAUAAUCUGGUUUGGCAAGUGUCUUUUCUUUGAGGAUGAAAUUCUUUGGGACAUCGUGGAAUAGUCUGCACUCUUCGGCAACAUAUGUGGUUAAUGUCAGUUAUUGAUAGUGAACCUCGGAUGUAAGGCAGUCACUGGGGAUUAAUUGUUAUCACAGCGGAACAGAUUCGUGUAUGAUUGCUUGAGCAGACAUUCUUAAAUGCAGGAUUUUGCACUCCCCACUAGAUUAUCUUAUUCCUCUGCGAACACUGCAGGACAAUUCACUUUGCUGGAAGGGAAUUGGAACUAGUUAGGUGAAUAAAACGCCCUCUGAAACUUUUUAUAGCUUAAUCAAGCUUUUCCCCUCUGAAGAGAUACUCACUUGGGAAAUACAUUGAUGAAAUCUUCUUCAAAGGGUUUUCGCCAUUGCAUUGCCUCUAUAAAGUAAGGUUUGAUUAUCGGGAUUGAAGUUAUUGAACAGUGGAUUAGUUGGUCCAGCUUCGGAAGAACUGGUGAAUAAUCUCAAAAGCCGAUUGUGGAUUGUUACGAGUUCUUAAUAGUUUGACGGAUCGGGGCAAAAGAGUGGAUAUCAACAGCUGUCGUCGCAGGAGAACGGUUUAGCGGCAAACGAUAUCGUCCAAUAAACCUCAGCGUAGAUCGAUCGGCCACAGCCAAUUGGUAUGGUCAUAUUCAAAGAUAUUAACGGUUCAUUGUAAUUCAGCGAUUGGUUCAAGUGUCUUCACUUCGUUCUUGAGAAGGACAGGCCUAAUGCUAUCUGUACUCUGCUUGGAAUGUUUACUUUUCUGACUUAGCUAAAACACAUCAAAGUUAACUGAAUGACAGACUCUGUUUGAUUAAACCUGUGCGUUUUACGAGUCAAUACUUACAUUUUCAUGGUUGAUUUGUGUUCAGGAAACGUUUUCGCGGAUCUGCUGAUAUUUCGGAGGAACGAAAAAAGUUGUUAAAGGAAAUACAAAGUUCACAACUGUCUCUCGUUCAGUGAGAAUGUAUCAUCAACGGAAUGUAAAGUCUACGGAUUAAUGUUUAGGUCAGUAUUGUUGACUUAGUUCACACGGUACUCCGUAAGUAAUGAGCAGGUAACAGAAGCCUUGACCGUACAGUGAGUCUAACUUCGCAUCUAAAAAAAUCACUGUCCUGCUUUCGGAUUAAAGAUGUAAUGAUUUGAGGUUAAGUUAGGUGUGUAGUUGUGCCGUAAGGCUCUCGUGGGUGCAGGAUUGGAACUUUUAUAGUCCAAAUCAAUGCUCAAAUCUAUUCAUAUUGUUUAUCAAUCUUCGAAAUAUCAACAUGCUCAAUACAGUUCAAUACAGGUUUGGAUUACUCAGAACCUCUGAGUGAAAUAUGGAAAACUAUUACUAUUUCUCUCCGGAUUGUCGGGGUCCCUUACCUACCGAGCCCCCGGAGUACAUCGUCUACUCCCCUUCUGCGAACAUCACAUGUACGAACCCUGAGGGAUGCCCUUACGAAGAGGAUUACGUGUACGAAUAUGAUGCCUCGGACUCCUUUAAGAUACCCUUGGAAGAGGUGAUCCCCAGCGGGAUAGUCUACGGAAUCAUUUUAUUGGUCGGGGUGAUUGGCAACGCCUUGGUGAUAUUCUCCAUCGCAAGGUUCCGAAUGAUGCAAAAUGUCACCAAUAUAUUCCUCACCAGCCUGGCAUCGGCGGAUCUCCUUCUUAUACUUAUCUGUGUACCGAUCAAGUUUGUCAAGUUCUUCUCUUACACUUGGGAGUUCGGCCACUUCCUGUGCAAGUUCGUAAACUACAUGACGAAUGUGUCAGCCAUUUGCUCCGUGCUCACGCUAACUUCUAUGAGUGUAGAAAGAUACUAUGCCAUUCUGCACCCGAUGCGGGCCAAGUACAAGUGUACACCUAGCAGAGCAAGACGAGUCAUCAUAGUGUUGUGGUUCCUCUCAUUUGUACUCGCCAUACCAAUACUGAUAGGCCAGCUACAUGAAAAGAUUGGUGUAGACAAUCCUAAACUGGAGGAGCUAGACUUAUACUGGUGCAUCAAGCGGUGGUCCAAAUGCAUAGUAUCCCAGCUGUAUGAGAUCUACAUGUUGUUACUUGUUCUUAUUAUACCUCUCGCAAUCAUGUCAAUGGCGUAUGCGAGCAUCUGUAGAGAGCUAUGGGUUGUGACGUCACAGCGGAUAUCUAUGACCUCAGGAAAUGGUUCUGUGUCCGACAACGAGACGAGUUUUAGCAACAGUGCGUAUGGCGGCAACAGUAGCAGACGACCGAUGCUGAAAAAGAAAGCGCCGGCAGACGAUGAUAAAACACGAAAACAGGUCAUAAAGAUGCUCGUUGCGGUGAUCGUCCUAUUUGGCAUCUGCUGGGGACCAUUCCUGGUCGAUAACGUUAUGGUCGCUUUUGGGUACAUCCCAAUGCUACAUCAUGGACCACUCAAGGCUUUAAGGAUUCUAUUUUCAUUACUAACAUAUGUGAAUAGUUGUGUGAAUCCAGUGGUAUACGCGUUCAUGUCGAAAAACUUUCGCCAAAGUUUUAAGUACGCGUUGUGUUCGUGUAUCCAUGGAAAAAACUACGCGCGCAGGCACCGAUUCGGAACCCAAGCAUCUUUUCAGACAAGAACCACGUCACUCUCGAGAGGGAUUUCACUAAAAACAGAGGUCGAGUAUGACAAGUCUGUCUUCUCGGAUAGUGUGGUCGAAGAUGCUGUGUAAAUUACUAUUAAAUCAGCUGAGGACUGGUGGUAGUGCCUCAACGAGCCCUUACAAAGUACGAAAGUAAAUAUUUCCGUCGCUUUUCAAUGGGAGUUUCUAUGACAUGGCCUCCUCAGUCCUUAGCAGUUUGUUAGAACUACGACGGAGAAUUUAACUCAACAAGGGUGGAUCUGCGUUGAAUACGGGGCAAUCGACAAAACUAGGCGGAUAUCAGUGGUCGUGAUUAUGAUUUCAAGACGGAUACGGGAAGGGAAAAGUCUUCACAGGCUAAUGGAUGAAAGCUUCGGGCAAUUGUACGUGAAAUACGUUUCAGAUAUGCUUCCAUCAAUAUUCUUAAGAAAGGCUUAACAAAUACGCAUGUACGCUACAUUUUCUUUGUUGCCAUUUCUCCUGAUCCUUCUCUAACAAUCUAUCCGCAGUUACUUCUAGCUAAUCAUCAAUUUAUGUUGCAAACUCAUCGCAUUCAAAAUAUGCAAUAAUUUGCCCCCCCCCCCCCCCAAAGGACCUGAACCUCCACCAAGAUAUGACACGGAUAUGACCCACGCAACUCUGAGACAAUAACAUAGGCACGGCAAGAAAAUCCGAAGCCAACGAAACCUCGAAAUGGCUAAAUGUGUGUCAUGUCAGAUUUUCUAUGAAUUCCAACCAUAGAUUUGAUAUACUAGUACCCAGUUGACAGCUGUGGUACUUUAAAGUGAAUUGUAGUACGUGGUAUCGUUGUAUCGUUGUAAAGUACUCUUCAAUCAUGCUAAUGUGGCGAUUUUUAUUUUUUAAUGUGAUACCGAACAAAUUAUCUGGCAUGUACAUUUUUCAUUUUAAAAGGUUUGUCAUCAAAAAAAGCUACAGUAGCGACAACGUACAUCAGUGACCAUUCUGAUAACCACUCCUGACCACUUUCUAUUUCAUUACUGUGUUCGUCGUCUUCAACGUAUUUGAUCAUGAUUUGUCAUGAAGUCAUAUUUCUCGCAAGUUGUGUUCCUGGUGAGUCCUGUCUUUCUCCAGUCUGCUCUAUCACCAAUCUGCAUGUCAGGGCAAAGAAUGCUUGCAGCAUUUGUUUGGUCAAUUCACCGCUUCUUUAUCGAACAUCUACUCAACAGGAGCGUGUUGAUGGUGAAUGCGCCAUCUCACCGGAGUUAACCUCACUUCCAUUCAUCGCAUACCGUGUACAACAGAGACAUUCCCCUCUUACGGCAAUGGGGGCCGAAUCAAAUCAUCAACCAGUUGUUCGCCGUUCGAAUGUUUGACGUGAUUAGUUGAAGUCCCACGCGAUCUUGCCUGUCAGUAACCCUUUCUUUGUUAUGUUAUCCAUAGCUUGUUUUUUCUUUUUCAUGUCUGUACAAAACUAUUUCUUCCCGUAUUCGAGUCACAAGCAACAAAUUAACAGAAAAAUAAUGGCUAGUUCGUGUCUCGUCCGCAGUAAUGAGUUGGUUCUUGUGUUUUCAAAGGACGUCGUAUAAUUGCACAAAAUAUGUCGAAUAUGUUCCGAUCGGUGUCGUGAUUCCUAUUCAACAAUGGACUAAUGUUUAUCAACAGACAAUCGUUAUUAUCAGCGAAUUUUAUCGCUUAUUGUAUCUCCACUUGAUUGGCCGACAUCAGGUUGGGAAAAUAUCAUUCGUCGGGCAAGAAUAUCAUGUGAAUUUUUUAUUUCAGGACCGAAUCUAGUCUCCAUCAGCUACAGAGCUGGAGAUUUGGUGAAAACGUCUCAUUGGGGGAAUUAUACGUCUAUAGUACAUUUCAUGAGAAUUGCCUACGGCAGCUUUAACAGUGUUUCGUAUCAAACCACAUGAUCUAUGUUUUGACCGAUCUGGCAAAGAUAUUAGAUACUCCUGACGGCAAUUCUGUUUCAGAUUAACGAAAGUCUGUCACUAGACUGAAUCUCCGGAGGGGCCAGCAUUAAUGGGCGUGGACGGGCGAUAUCGUUAUUAGCCAGGUAGAAAACCUACAAAGACUUCUGCCAAGAGCAUGGUUCAUCUUAAAAGAUUACAAAGUGUGGUCACCAAAAUACAAGUUUAGCCACCGUCAACAUCACAUGGUUAACAAAUCCUACCUGGUACUAGUAUCGAAAGUGAUUUUGAAGACCAAGUUUUUUGGGCGUUUUUAAACCUAUUUGUAGAGGACAGAGAUUCCCCCUGGUAUUGAUUUUAUAUACAUAUCUUGUAUAUACUGUAUUUUCAUUGGAUGUGAAGUGAUAAAUGUUUGGGAUAUUUUGUAUAUAAACGUAAUAAAGAAUAAAAAUACGUGGUAUAAAA